AUGGAGAAUUUGAAUUCAGAAGAUUUGUGUAGUGUAGAGCCGAAUGGAGAGGGGAGAAUCAACGAUCCUCCAUCGACGAGCUCUUCGUACAAAUUGUUCGGCCGUCAGGCAACUGUUCAUCAAAUGAUGGGUGGCGGCAAAGCUGCUGAUGUUAUACUGUGGAGACGACGGCAUGUUUCAUGUGGCAUCAUUGUCGUUGCAACUGUUGCCUGGCUAUUAGUCGAGAGAUCAGGGCUAUCGUUCUUAUCACUUUGCUCUGACGUCUUGCUGGUUUUGAUUGUCUUGCUGUUUCUCCGUGCCAAUUAUACUGUUUUCAGAAAAAGACAGCAGCAAACACUACCUGAACUAGUCCUCUCAGAAGAAAUGGUCAACAAUGCUGCUGCAUCAUUUCGUGUCAAAGUUAAUUAUAUGCUGCUUGUGGCUCAUGACAUUACUCUCGGCAAGGACUUCAGACUUUUCUUCGUGGUGGUGAUUGCUUUGUGGCUUUUGUCUGUCAUUGGUAGCCUGAUAUCUUUCAUCACUUUCUUAUACAUAGGAAUCGUCAUUUCUAUCACAAUUCCAGUUUUGUACAAUAAAUUUGAAGAUCGUGUGGAUCGAUAUGCUGGUAUGAUCCACCAGAAGUUUUCAAAGCAUUAUAAAAUUGUGGAUGAAAGUGUAAUUAGUAGAUUAUCUAGGAAUCUUUCCAAGGAAAAAGAUCCUUAA